GGACGUGUAUGUUAAGCGAGACCAUCUCUGCGGUGCUAGGUGGCAAAAGCCACCCUGCCUGGCCCACCUGUAUGCCAAGAUGACUCUCUUCCACUUUGGGAAUUGUUUUGCCCUGGCCUAUUUCCCCUAUUUUAUCACUUACAAGUGCAGUGGCCUGUCAGAAUAUAAUGCCUUCUGGCGAUGUGUGCAAGCAGGAGCCACCUACCUCUUUGUCCAGCUGUGCAAGAUGCUGUUUUUAGCUACGUUCUUUCCAACUUGGGAGGGUGGUGCAGGAGCUUAUGAUUUCGUUGGAGAAUUCAUGAAAGCCACCGUAGACAUGGCGGACUUGGUGGGCUUGCACCUGGUGAUGUCCCGGAAUGCAGGGAAAGGGGAAUACAAGAUCAUGGUAGCUGCCCUGGGCUGGGCCACGGCGGAGCUCAUUAUGUCUCGAUGCAUCCCACUGUGGGUGGGAGCUCGUGGCAUUGAGUUUGAUUGGAAAUACAUUCAGAUGAGUAUAGAUUCCAACAUCAGCCUGGUUCAUUAUAUCUCCACUGCUGCCCUGGUGUGGAUGUUCACCCGCUACGAUUUACCGAAACAUUACCGGCUGCCCCUUACUUUCCUCCUGGGUGUCAGUGUCUACAAAGCCUUCUUUAUGGAAUCGUUUGUGCACGUCUUUCUGCUGGGUAGCUGGACUGCGCUUUUGGUUAAAGCCGUGAUCACUGGCCUCCUGUCCUUCAGCUCCCUGACACUCUUUGUCACCCUGGUACACAGUAACUGAGGCCCCACUGAUGGUCACUCCGACUUGGGGAACCUCCGUGUUUGCGCAUCCUAAGGUCGUUCAGCUGUGGAUUCCGUUUGCAAGGCUGCGUGUGACUUGAUCCUUCCUGCUGUGAGAUCGGUUCCAGUCAUGGUCUCAGUGCCAUUCCGAUAUAUGAUGCUAAUUUAAAAAGUGUUGUUUA